AUGAUGCUUAAUAUAGCGAGGCUUGGUGGCGUAAGGCUAGAUGUGGUGCGCUCGUUCCUCCACGGAAGGCAGCGAGUUCCGCUGUGUCGCCAGGCGCUACAGUUACGGGCAGGUCACUCAACCAAUGGAGCAUUCAGACACUACAAGGAGGCUGUAAACAUCGGUAGAACCGAUGUUUCAGGUGCAAGCGAUUCAAGUGGCAUAAAAGGGUCUUCAGAGGCGCUGUUUUCGAGGGAAGGAGAAGCUACACCGGGGCACUCUGGCAACCACCGUAGCGAUUGUUCAAGGUGGUUUAGAAUUGCACGGCCAGGAAAGGAGAAAACAGUCGCCUAUUGGUUGUUGGGCUCCGCUGGCAUCACUGCAGGCGUUAUGGCGAUCGGUGCCUACGUGCGACUCAACGAAAGCGGCUUAUCAAUGCUGGACUGGCAUCUACUGGGAAAGCAUCUGCCUAAAGAUGAAGAUGAGUGGGAUCGCGAAUUCGAAAGAUAUAAGGCCACGCCCGAAUACAAGCAGGUGCACUACGAUAUAUCGCUAGAGGACUACCAGAACAUUUAUCUCAAUGAAUGGGUGCACCGUAUGCUAGGAAGGUUCGCAGGAAUGUGUUUUGGCGGGGGUGCAUUGUUCCUGGCGAUACGGGGUGCGCUGGCGCCAGGGGGGCAUUUGCUUGCAAUGGGUAUAUCGGGAAUUGGUUUAUCACAGGCGUUUGUUGGGAAGUGGAUGGUAGAAAGCGGAUUUAAAGAACCGGAAACUGAAAAUAAGACGCCAAGGGUGUCACCUUACAGGCUAGCCAUACACUUCACCAACGCACUUGCCAUAUACUCGCUGUGCUUAUGGAAUGGUUUGAGGACUCUAAGAGCUGGCAAUGAACUGGCGUCUCCUGACACCACUGCCUUACGGAGGGUGCGCAGGAUGGGGAAAGCCACACUUGCGUCACUAUUUUUGACCAUGCUGUACGGUUCGAUUGUCGCGGGGAAUGAUGCGGGUUUGGCAUACAACACGUGGCCGAAAAUGCUGGAUUCCUACAUUCCGGACGACUACGCCCAAGUCAACUGUAUCAAUCACCUCUUCGAAAAAACAGGCGUCGUGCAAUUCAACCACAGAUGUCUCGGAUACAUCACGGCUGUAAUGUCAAUGGCCACUUACAUGGCUGCAAGAGCGCAGGGAGUUCCAACCGCGGUCCGCAAACUGGCCAUGGGGACCCUGCAUGCCUCACUACUGCAGGUCGUGUUAGGCAUUAUGACCGUCGUUAAACACGUGCCUCUGCACGGUGCAAUGACCCACCACGCAAACGCACUGGCGUUGUGGUCGGUGCUGAUCAUGAUGCUGGCCAAAUUACGGUAG